CAGAGCGGAAGGGCGUUUUGAUCAGCGGCUGACAGAACGCAAAGCUCGAAUGGGCCGAGCCUAGCAGCUCUUCGCUGCCAGGAUCCAGGUCAGUCCACCAUGGCAGAGGACAGGUCGGUGCAACAGAUGCAGACCACGGCAACGAGGUUCUUGCAGAGCUCUCCGGGCUUUGCGGAGAAGCUGGUCUCAAACAAGAACCCAAGGGUCAGCACCAAGGGCGAUGACCGGGAUAACAUGAUCGCGGAGCUGCAAAAGCAGCUAGAUGAGGAGAAGAACAAGAACCGCACGCUGGAGGAUCAGUACAAGCAUCGCGUCGCCUCCUUUGUGAAGCGAGAGAAAGCCACGAUGAACAAGAUCGAGGCGCUCGAAAAGCGCUUACUGGAGGGUGCCGAGAAUGACGAGCACAGCAAGCGGAUGGAGGCGAUCGGGAACAUGCACAGAAGUGUAAUCACUGGCCUGGAGUGCAUCCAGACCAAUACCGCCAAGAUCCUUCAGGAUCAGGAGAAGGACCUCAUGAGGGCCUUCCGUGCGCGGCUUCAGGAGGUUUCCAAGGAUCUCGAGGCUCAACGCAGCCGGAACGGCGAGCACUCCACCGAGCAGCAGGCGCAUCAUCGCAGAGUUGUCGCGGAACUGCACAAGACACAGGAGCUUGCACAGACCUUCGACAAGAAGAACCAGCAGCUGUCGGCGGAAAACCAGAAGCUCCAAGAGAAGCUGCGGACCCGGGAGGACGACCGCCAAGCGCUGCUGCGGGAGCUGGUGCUCUCCAGGAAGGAGGUGCAGUCUCUGAAGACGCAGCUUUCUGGGAAGCCGGAGCCCGGCGUCGAGCCGGAGACCAAGUCCGAGGAGAAGCCGAGGCGCAGCUUUUCCCAGAGGCAAGUUGACCAGGCGCGACUGCAGCAGACGCACAACAAGCAAUACGAGCGCGAGGUGGCGCUCAGAGAAGCUGCGCUGAAGCUGAAGCGGAUGGUCGAUGCUGAGCGGCGGACAGUGGUGGCGCUGAAACAGCAGCAGGCGGAGAUGAUGCAGCAACGCACAGAGCUUGAGGUGCUGUUGCGACAGUGCCUGGACGAUGUAAAGGCGGAGGUCCUAAGGACCAGGAUGCAUGAAGAGGGCAAGGAUCCCGUCGGACCACCGGCGCCGCUGUCCUCUGUGUCGAUCCAUGAGCUCAGCGCGCAAGACAGGGAAAGGGUCCUGGAGCUGCUGCUGUCGCAGCAGCGAGUGGUCCAGCUGCUAUAUCAGAAAGCCUUCCCACAGGAGAUGCAGGAGCCUCCUGCUUCAGCUCCCUCGCAGAGUGCCGCCGCCGGAGACGAGUUCGCCUGGCUUGGGGACAUCAUCCCCUCUGAUGAUGAAGGAGCCGGAGGCCAAGCCGAGUCCAGCUACUGAAUCCAGCUUGGGAAUCGUGGAACUCGAUGGUUUCACUGCGCUGUUUCACCGUGUCACACCCCGAAAUCUGGGCGAAAAACCACCCCUGGGGUUGUC